UCCUUUGAGACUGCAAAGACUAUUUAAAGAAGGAAGAUGGCAUGUGAUUGGAUUUAGUUCUGUAAAGUAGGUUAAUUUGAGGGCAAGACAAAAAAAUCAUUAUUUAGACCAUCUUGUGUUGCCGUGAUGAGAACUUACCAUUGCUUCUGGCUGCUGUUUUGGGCUGGUCAGCCCCACCAAAGUUUCUUAACUCCAUUAUCCAAAAGGACUAGUGGCUUUCCAGAAAAGGAGAAGGUUUUGGUGUUGUCUGGAAACAGCAGGCAAGAUCUCCAUCGUUCCAAAAGGAGCUGGAUGUGGAAUCAGUUCUUUUUGUUGGAGGAAUACACAGGAACUGACUACCAAUAUGUUGGCAAGCUGCAUUCAGACCAGGAUAAAGGAGACGGAUCACUUAAAUACAUCCUUUCUGGAGAUGGAGCAGGAGACCUCUUCAUUAUCAAUGAAAACACUGGUGACAUCCAGGCCACAAAAAGACUAGACAGGGAAGAGAAGCCUGUGUACAUACUCCGUGCCCAGGCUAUAAACAGAAGGACUGGAAGACCAGUGGAACCAGAAUCUGAGUUCAUCAUUAAGAUCCAUGAUAUCAAUGACAAUGAGCCAAUGUUUACAAAGGAUGUUUACAAUGCCAGCAUUCCCGAAAUGUCAGAUGUUGGUACCUUUGUUGUGCAAGUCACUGCAACUGAUGCCGAUGACCCUACAUAUGGGAACAGUGCUAAAGUUGUCUACAGCAUUCUCCAGGGACAACCAUAUUUCUCUGUUGAAUCUGAGACAGGCAUUAUUAAAACUGCUUUACUGAACAUGGACCGUGAAAACAGGGAGCAGUACCAAGUGGUCAUCCAGGCUAAAGACAUGGGAGGCCAGAUGGGCGGAUUAUCAGGAACCACCACGGUGAACAUCACACUGACUGACGUAAACGACAAUCCGCCUCGCUUCCCCCAGAGCACAUACCAGUUCAGAGCUCCUGAGUCUACACCACUCGACUCCCCGGUUGGAAGGAUAAAAGCCAAUGAUGCUGACGUGGAUGAAAAUGCAGAGAUUGAAUACAGCAUCACUGAGGGGGAUGGAUAUGACAUGUUUGGAAUUACCACAGACAAGGACACACAGGAAGGAAUUAUAACUGUGAAAAAGGCACUGGAUUUCGAAAGUAAAAACUUGUAUAUUCUCAAAGUGGAAGCCACCAAUACUCAUGUGGACCCUCGAUUCCUGUACUUGGGGCCAUUCAAGGACUCAGCUACAGUCAGAAUUCAGGUGGAGGAUGUAGAUGAACCCCCCAUGUUCAGCAGACCAGCAUACAUAAUGGAAGUGAAAGAAGAUGUUCCAUUAAACAGUGUAAUAGGAACAGUAACUGCUCAGGAUCCAGAUGCUGCCAAGAACCCUGUCAAGUACUCUGUAGAUCGCCACACCGAUAUGGACAGAGUAUUCAACAUCAAUUCAGGAAAUGGUUCGAUAUUCACUUCAAAACCCCUUGACCGGGAAACACUGCUGUGGCACAACAUUACAGUAAUAGCAGCAGAGAUCAACAACCCAAAACAAAGCAGCCGUGUCCCGGUGUUCAUUAAGGUUUUGGAUGUAAAUGACAAUGCUCCGGAGUUUGCCAUGCUUUACGAGACCUUCGUCUGCGAAAACGCAAAGGCAGAACAGCUGAUACAAACAUUAAGUGCUGUUGAUAAAGAUGACCCUUACAAUGGACAUCAGUUUUCAUUCUCCUUAGCUCCCGAGGCAGCCAGCAGCUCAAACUUUACACUACAGGACAACAGAGACAACACAGCAGGGAUUUUCACUCGAAAAACCAGAUAUAACCGGCAUGAAACAAGUACCUACUUCUUGCCAGUGGUGAUAUCAGAUAAUGAUUACCCCAUCCAGAGCAGCACUGAAACAGUGACUAUUCGGGUGUGUGCUUGUGACCAUCGGGGAAAGAUGUUGUCCUGUAAUGCAGAAGCCUUGAUUCAUCCUACUGGUCUUAGCACUGGGGCUCUUAUUGCCAUUCUUCUCUGCAUCAUUAUAUUACUUGUUACCGUGGUGCUGUUUGCAGCGCUGAGACGGCAGCGGAAAAAAGAGCCUUUGAUAAUUUCCAAAGAAGACAUCAGAGACAACAUUGUCAGUUAUAACGAUGAAGGUGGUGGAGAGGAAGACACCCAGGCGUUUGAUAUUGGCACGCUGAGGAAUCCCGAAGCCAUAGAUGAUAAUAAAUUACGCAGAGACAUUGUGCCGGAAACACUUUUCAUGCCGCGGCGGACUGCAACAGCACGAGAUAACACGGAUGUCAGAGAUUUUAUUAACCAAAGGUUAAAGGAAAAUGAUACAGAUCCAACAGCACCCCCGUAUGACUCAUUAGCAACCUACGCGUACGAAGGUAAUGGUUCUGUGGCCGAGUCCCUCAGCUCCUUGGAGUCGGUGACUACAGACGGAGAUCAGGACUACGAUUACCUCAGUGACUGGGGACCUCGGUUUAAAAAGCUGGCAGAUAUGUAUGGCUCAAUGGACAGUGACAAAGACUCUUAAUAUGUUGUCUUUUUUUUUUUUUCCCUCUCUUUUUUUUCUCUUCCUCAUUCCCAGAAACAGCAUCGGGAUAUGUGAAGUGGCUAUUUCUUUCUGUUUCUCCACAGCUGUUUGAAAGGGUUCUCUGUUCUACGCAUUUGAAUUGUCUAAUGACUGCAGUCUGUGUGGGUUAGCCAUCAGAAAACUUUCUCUAGUAUCAUUUUAUGAGCUUCCAAGAGGCAAAAUCCUUAUUUUUUGAGUGCAUCCAGUUUACCAAGCCAAUCUUACAGGCACAGCAGUAGUGGAGGAAAAAAAAUGGAUCAGAUGGGGAGCAAUAUUUUUACUUGUUCUGCUUAUAUUGUAAAUUGGAGUAUAUUACUGUUUAAGCUCACUUGCUUUUUACUUGUAUUCGGACUAUUCAGCUCAGACGACUGCUCUGUCGAUUGUGUAUUGCACAUCCCAAUGUAAUGAGGUACCCUAGUUUACCCUAUGUAUUAUAGUCAAAAGUAGUGGUGAUGGAAUGAAGGUUUAUUAUACAAGUAGAGUAAGCUGAGAAAAGAACAUCAAACACACAUUUUACUCAUGAGGAGGGUAGAGAGGCUUAAUGGUCAUUUAAACCUGAGUGUUUCUCUAGAACUCACCAUUGCCCCAUUGCACUGAAUCAUACUAACACACACAUAUAUAUAGCUCAUUGACUGCUCUGUAUAUAUUCUUUGGACCUAGCAUUGCUGGAGAGAUGUGUGUGUGUGCACGUGUGUGUGGUCAGUAGUCCCAACAUAUAAUUCUGAGAUGGUUUCCCCGUUCUAACCCAGGCUUGCUUUGCGAUACAGGGAAAGUCAUCAAAUCCAGCUCCAGAUUAGGUCACGACUCAGUGGAAGGAACAGAUCAGAACUGUGCUUUUGUUUGCACUUUCUCAGUCAGCCUCCACCUGCACAUCAGUUCAGUGAUGGCCACUGUCCUGGGGACAUUGUAGUCAGGAUGUUCAUAUCCAGCUACUCCUGCCUGUUCUCAUGUGCAGGUGGGGAGGAGUGACCUCAAGGUGACUACAGCCCUCUGGGGCAAAAGGAGCAACUGCAGAGGAGGAAAGUUCUUUUUUUUGUCCUGACCUCUGGAUGUCCAGGGUUGAUUCCUGACUGACCCUCUGCCCAGUUCUGCUAUCUGUAAAAUGGGGAAAUAAUGCCUACCUCAUCAGGAUGUUGCAAGAACUAUAUAAGACAUUUGGAAAAUGCUUUAGAAAUGGAAAACACUGGCAUUCUGCCAGAGGAAAUAACUUUUCAUGCUUUUGGGUAGUUGUUUCCCUUUAUUUUCUUCCAGACUCAAGCCCUGAAUGAACAAAUAAGUGACAAUUAAUGGUCAUUCCAGUGGCCUGAAGAGGGGGUUUAUAAUUAUAAGUCAUUUUUUUAAAAUAAACCACUCAGCAAGGGUUGUUAGAGACAUCACCAAAAGGUAGCAUUUUAACCACAAGUUUCUCUGUGUGUGUUUAUCUGCUUUGCCAAGCUAAGUAAUUUUUGUCCAGGUGUGGGGUGGGGGAAGUUGCCAUAAUCUUGGGCCAAAACAGUUUUCUUUAUAGCUUGCACACCACUCAGUAUUUCAGUUGGUUUUUCAAACAUGUAGCGGCUGCCCUUCAAAUCCAGCCAUCUAGGAGAGGCUCUCCGGAGAAAACCCUAAGGGGCUGCCAUGGGGCAUAUCCAAUUCCAGGAGUUAAACACCACCAUGUGUUCCAAAGUAGGGAACCAGCCCAUGGCACUGUGCCAAGGAAAGAAGGAAUUACUAUUUUUAAAUACCUCAUGUGUAACUAUUCUCAUUUAUUUCAUGAAACAGUGUUUAAUACCAGAAUUACAGGAAUGAUUCUAUUUUCCUCCUCCCCCAAAUUUUAAGUGAACCAUUUUGAAAAUUAAACAGCUCCAAUUUACUUCAAAAAUAAAAAGAGAUGAGGAAAUAAGUUAAUAAACAGAAAACUAAAAGCAAUUAAAAAUUAAUCCCUGGAAUUCAUUACUCCUUGUGAGUUAAAGAGAGCAGUAAGGGUCCCAAGUAUUAGACUUCGACAACCACAAUGACAGAAUUUUAGGUUUUGUGGACCAGCUCAAAGGGAAGAGGAUGAACCAGCCAUGCUGUGGCCCCAGCUGUGCAGGAGAAGACUCACUCACAGUGAGGAGCACUGUGCUCCUGUAGGUGUAGAGCACAGCAUCUAAUGGCUUGCAGAUUGGAUACUUUCAGAGCAGAGAAGCUCAGAGUUUCCUCAGCCUCCCUGGUGGAGGCCUCUCAGAGUGUUUAAGUCCAACAGAGUGUGGUUCCCAACUCCAUCACUUAGUGGAGGGCUGAGCUGUUGCACCUAUCACAAUGGCAAUGGCAUGGCUAGAGCCUUGCUAUGUCCUCUUCAGAGCCCUCAAGUAAUUUAAGAAGCUAAAUGCCUAGCUCUUCAUGGCUGCCUUGAAAUUGGAACUUCUAGGAAGCAAUCUGUCCAAAAGCUGGCUCUGGCAGACGGGAGAGACCAUCUGGAUUUCAGAUAUGCUGAGGAGCAGCAGAUGCUCAGCACCAGCUGCCACAGGUCCCGCACUUUGGGCUGCUCCCCUCACACAGUCAAUGGGGCCAGCACAUCCCUCCAGGGGCUCUCCCCAGUGGCUUCCUAACACAUCCCUCUCACUCUUCACUCUGUGGCUGCCUCCAGCAAAUAGUCCCAAGCUCAGAAUCCAGCUGGAUGCCCAAAGUGAGCCAGUGAACUGUCCAUUCCCUUCCUUAGGCCUCAAGGCCUCUUAGGCCUGAGUCUGUUGGCUGGUGUGCAGAGGGGAGGGCAGGGGUGGCUGUGAAGCCACACACCUGCUCAGCCCUGCAAGCCACCUCCAGCUCACUGGGAAGAAGGAGUUGGUGGCAUCUGGCUGGCAGAGAGCGCUGGUGGCCUGAAGGGGCUGGGCCGCCCUGCAUUAGUCACUUCUUGGGUGGGAUAAUGAAACAGGAGGAUCAGUGAACUCCUUGUAACUAUUUUCCUAUGUUUGUACAGUGAUUUUGUCUGAUUUAGUGAUUGUUAGUAGCAGUCCAAGCGCAAGUUUUGAGUCAGCUUGGGGUUUUAUUCCUUUUAAUUCAAAGCUGGUUUUAUCUUGUCCAUUGAGUGACACAGUAAAUAAUAGAGAGUGGCUACUCGUGCCUGCUAUGUAAAUAUAUUAUAUAUAUAAAAUUAUGUUAUGUCACCACAAAUAUGGUGCCUGAAUAGCAAAUGCAUUCUUCUAAGAAAAUUUGAGGGAAACUUGCAUCCAAAUUAUUAUUUAUGCAUCUAGGUUUUAAGGUAUAUUUUUUUUUUAUCCUGCAAAUUGAACAGAUUUAGCAUCUCACAUACAGCCAAGGAGAGUUCAAUUCUUUCUUUUCUUCUUGCUUGGCAGUACCACAAAGUGCAAUUUAUAAAAUUAGUACUGCAUUUUAAAUAUUGAAAGUGCCAUAUUGCAGUGAAUACAAACCUUUGCAGUAGUAUUUCUUUGCACUUUGUUGCAUGGUGGUGUGCUACAUGAUAGAAAUGAGUAUUUAACAAUGCUUUCACACAGCGCUGCAAUUGUCAUUUGUAGAUAACCAGUUGUUGGACUAUGGGCUCUGAAGUGGCUUUCAAGGCUGUUUUAAGCCUCUUCUUACAACCACACCUGUUUCAGAAGAAAACUAUUAUUAGGCAGUUCAGCUAAGCUAGGUAGAGAGAUAAAAAUGCAGUUGGCUUUUAAUUUGGGAAAGCAUCUGACCUAACAACAGGAAACAUAUUAAAAGAUGUCAAGGAAUUCAGUGGAGUCAACAUGAAACAGGGAUCUGGGAGUCUAUGCCAACCAUGCUACUGCAGAAAAAUACCAUCUCUACACUUGAAAUGGGAUACAGAAACUAUUUCACCUCAACCCCCAAGAGAGUCACUUUACCCCAGAAAACUGGCGGAGAGUUGUUUUUGUUUUGUGUUUGCUGGGGUGUUUCGGUUUGCAGGAGAACUACUUCAGGUUAAACCCAAUUCUAUUCCACAGCAGCACCAGUGUGGGGAGACACAGCAGCCCAUGCCUCCAGUGCAGCUGUGCCAGGACAUCUCGGGACAUCUCUCUGUGUAGGCAAGCGCUUGGAAGAGCUGAGGCAGAGACUUGCAGAGAGCUCUGCACAAGGCUCUACCAGCAGUAUCACAGGACUGAGAUAUGUUCCCAAACCUGACAUAGAUGGAGUUGUGUCUAACCAUGAGAAAACCAAAUUGUCUGUAUUUUUCAGUUGUUUCCGUUAAAAAUGUCCUGGAAAAGACACACAGUAGAAAAAAAUGUCACCCAUACCAACAGAAAUAUUUUCUAAAUUUUUCCUAAGAAACAAAUAUAUUUUUCUGGUCUUACUUCAUUCUAUGGACAGGUGUUUCUUCACUGUUAAAUGUGAAUGGAAGAGGCAAUCUUCAAAUAAUCCAGUUUAGGAAGUUGCAGUCAUUGUAAUGUAAAUUACAAGUUACAGUUUUCCAUUUCUCUAUUACAAAAACAAAAUAAAAAAAAUCCCACAAAACCAAGAAAAUUAACAUCUGCAGUACCACAAAAAACCAGAACAGUCAUAGAGAAGUAUAGCAGAGAGAAAUAGCUUUCAAAGUGUGUAUCUACCAAUGUACACUUUCAAAACCAGAAUUAUCCAUGUUGAGCAGAACCAGGAGUAGAUUUCUAACACUUUCAGAUUUACUGACACGCCACAGGGAGAUCAGCAUGGAUAGGGAGAAAGAAAUCUUUUUUAGGCCAAGCAACUUUAAUCCAGGCCAUUUCCAUGUAGUUCUCUUGGAAAGAAAGGCACGUGUUAAAUUUCUGCAGCAGAACUAUCUUGAUGGUUUUCUGCAGGGUGAAUUUCUGACAGUGGUUCUGAGUAGGCAGCUCUUUACAACCACCACUGCAUAAGCUCUACCUGCCACCAUCUCUUAGAAAGGUCUCUCCAUGUUUCCUUUGGCUAUGAGAAGUAUUGAAGUGUUUCACAAGACCACUGUCCCAACUGGAUGCUGCUAUCCCCUGCCUAUUCACAUUUCAAUUAGCUCUUCAGUCUGAGCUUCCUCACCAAAGGAGAGCUGACAAAGUAACAGUCAUUAUGCUACUUCCAGUGAGUAUGAACUAUGUCAUAAGCUGUGAAAGGCAGGCUUUUUCCAACCCAUAUACACCUGUGAAACAGCAGCCUUGUCCAAUAAAUGUCAAAGCCACAAUAUUUUUUGCUUUCACUUCAGUCUUUAGAAAGAGUUCUUUUCCCAGAGAUUGUUUCUGUACUUAAAGAGGAACAAAAGCAUAUUUAAUGUCUACAGAGUCAUGUGUUGCUCCAGAAACAGAGAAAAAACACAGAACUUCAUCACAACGCUUUAAUACCAGUCUCUGCCCUCAGCAGUUUUAUUUAAGCCAGCUGAAACAAUCUUGAUCCUGCCCAUCAUUUUGCAAUAUUACACUUUUGAGCCCAGACCUGUGUUUGUCAUCCACUAAAACAGUCUUCUGAACAGUUCAUAAAAUUCAGUGGUAGGGAUCCAAAAGCUGUGGCUGGGGUUAUAGGAAGUACAAGUGUCAGAGAGCUGAGCAUUUCAGGAAGAAGAACAGGAGGUGAAUUGCAUGGGGGUGUGAGGAGAGGUAGUCAGUCACACGCAAGGCAGGCCCAUGGCACUUAAAAACCACAAAGCUAUCAUCUUGUGUGUAGAGUUACUGGAUUUCAAAGCAGUUUUUACAGAACCUGCCCUUAUCCUUUUUUCUUCAUGUAUCUUCUGCUUUCUUUAAAAAUAAAUUUAAAAAGGAAAAGGAAAGAAAAAAAUUAAAAGGAGCCGCUAUGUUUAAAUUUCUCCUACCACAAAGUUGAUUUGACAAACAAGGCGUAAGUCCAGCACAUAGAGAAAUCCUUUCCAUUCCCAUGGGCUUCUGACUUUUCCUAUGAGACUGCACUAUUUAUGUAAAUAUACUUGGAGACACUUUCUAUAAGCUUUUAGUUUUCUAUGAUCUAUUAUUUUAGCGUUUAUUAAAGAUACAAACUUAUAGAACUAUUAAGCAUUCAGGUGAACACAACAAAGAAGGAACACUGCAAACAUAAAAUGGUUCUGGAUUUUGACACAAAAAAAACUCUUCAGAAUCACUGUACCGUUUUAAUUCUGUGAUCUCUUUCAUUGCUUUGAAAAAAUUAACCUUAAAAGAAAGGCCUUAUAAUAAAUGCUAUGUGCAUCUUAUCUGUGUUACUGAGCGAAAUCAAUCUGGCAAACUCCUAUUGCGAUUUGUGAUUUUUUUAAACCCUUUAAAAUAAAUGCUUUUUGGUAUUGAUUUUUUUUUUUUUUUUAAUUAAAAAUACUUCCAAGCAUAAAUUGAAAAUGAUGCCUCCACCUGGGAAGAUUUACUCACUGGCAUGCUCCAGCCACUCAGUCUCUCAUGAUGUCAUUCCCUGGUUGUGCCAAGGGAGCCUCAGCAUUGGAUGGAUCUGGUCAUUGCUCAGCAGGCAGGGACAUCUGUGGGUGACAAUUUUGUCAUCCAAGAGGUUUACACCUAGAACUUCCCUGUAUUGCAAAGAGACCCAUGCUGGAAUGAUUAUCUCUUCUGCAGCGUGGAUGGGCAAUUUGUUUUUGUCAGAUGGAAAGUGUGCACUCUCUCCCUUAUAUUUCCUGUUCACUGUACUGGCUUCAUUUUUUGGGGUUGGGGGGCAGGGGGAAAUGAAAUUUAAGGAUUUGAUGAGAAACCAAUUUGAACAACAAUUUCUCACAGACAGAGUGAAUUUGCCUUUUUGCAAAUUGAUUUUUGUAACAAGUUAUUUAUAUGAUAUUACUUAAUAAAUUGUUUUUUCUAA